UCACAGUAAAAGGAUGGAGUUGGGAAGCUUUAGCCUUUAGCCACACAAACACACGGUGAUUACUUGUUUAAAAUUCCCGGAGGUGAAAAUUUACUAAGGAUCACAGCGCGGUCAAGCAGACAUGAAUCCAGACCAAAUGUCAACCAGCAGGUUUCGCUUUGUGACUUCCCUCAGAGACACUGCGCGUCAACACACCAGUGGACACACUUCUCCAACUAUCAGAACCAUGCCACUCCACAAAUCCUCGAGCCGGGCGUCCCGCUUGGACCCCACCAUGAUCUCGGCCCCGCUGGACGACUUCCGCCACACGAUGCACAUCGGCAGAGGCGGCGACGCCUUCGGGGACACCUCCUUCCUGUCCACGCUGGGCCCCAGCCCGCCCACCUCCAACCCGGCGCCCGUAGACCACGAGCCCUUCUACCAAGAACCGCCGACGAGCGAGGACCCCGAGUACUGCGAGUCGGCCUCGUCCUUCGCCUUGGACUUGGACCUAGACCUGGGUCCUUCCAUGCUGGGGGACGUGCUGGGCGUGAUGGACGGACUGGGCCUGGACACCUUCCAGCCCGAAGGCGACCCGUCGUCUCCCGUCAAACCCCAGCACCAGAAUCUGCCCAACGGGACCGGCGAGAACCAGACGGGCGACGGCGGGAUCAAAGCCAAGCGACCCAAAGUCCGAUUCAGCGACAAGCGGGACGAGAUCAUACGCCGGCCCUCCGAGGAGGACCAGGACCAGGACCAGGACCAGGGUCAGGACUACCAGGACCGGGAGCCAGUGGAGAGUCCCAGCCCCUGUGAGGAGGAUCCGCCCAGCCCCGCCGCCACUCACGGCUCCGACUACCACGCCCUGGACAGGAGGAGGCCCAGGAACGGCCAAUCGGAGACGGACUCAGAGGACGAGGAGGAAGGGGGGCGGGGCUACACCUUCGAAGACGAGUUCGACGACGAGAUUGGCCUAUAGGCUGCCGGGGACCAGGUCAUGUGACGCUGCUCUGGGAGAAAACCUUUUUAUACGCCAAAGACCUCGCUGACCCCAUGAUGUUGUUGACCCCCUUAUGUUGACAUGUUCUAUCUCAAUCAUUUAUUUGAUGCGGCCCCCCAGGAACAAUGCUGGAACGCCACAAGUACAUGUGGUGCGUUCGCCCUGGCUCAUAAAGACAUUUUUAGCGCACCUGUUCUGCCAGAGCAUAAGACAAGAAAUGGGACCGUUUAUGUUGACAUGUUAUUAUCUCAAUCAUUUAUUUGUGGCGGCCCCCCAGGAACGAUGCUGGAACGCCACAAGUACAUGUGGUGUGUUCGCCCUGGCUCAUAAAGACAUUUUAGCACACCUGCUCUGCUAGAGCAUAAGAUGGGACCGUUUAUGUUGACAUGUUAUUAUCUCAAUCAUUUAUUUGUGGAAUGUUGCUGGAGCGCCACAAAUAAAUGUGUUGCGUUCGCCCUGGCUCAUAAAGACAAGUUAACACUCAUGCUCUCUCUACCAGAGCAUAAGAUAAAAAAUGGGACCGUUUAUGUUGACAUGUUAUUAUCUCAGUCAUUUAUUUGUGGCGGCCCCCCAGGAACGAUGCUGGAACGCCACAAGUACAUGUGGUGUGUUCGCCCUGGCUCAUAAAGACAUUUUAGCACACCUGCUCUGCUAGAGCAUAAGAUGGGACCGUUUAUGUUGACAUGUUAUUAUCUCAAUCAUUUAUUUGUGGAAUGUUGCUGGAGCGCCACAAAUAAAUGUGUUGCGUUCGCCCUGGCUCAUAAAGACAAGUUAACACUCAUGCUCUCUCUACCAGAGCAUAAGAUAAAAAAUGGGACCGUUUAUGUUGACAUGUUAUUAUCUCAGUCAUUUAUUUGUGGCGGCCCCCCAGGAACGAUGCUGGAACGCCACAAGUACAUGUGGUGUGUUCGCCCUGGCUCAUAAAGACAUUUUAACGCACCUGCUCUGCCAGAGCAUAAGAUAAAAAAUGGGACCGUUUAUGUUGACAUGUUAUUAUCUCAAUCAUUUAUUUGUGGCAGCCCCCCAGGAACGAUGCUGGAACGCCACAAGUACAUGUGGUGUGUUCGCCCUGGCUCAUAAAGACAUUUUAGUGCACCUGCUCUGCCAGAGCACAAGAUAAACAAUGGGACCGUUUAUGUUGACAUGUUAUUAUCUCAAUCAUUUAUUUGUGGCGGCCCAGCAGGAACGAUGCUGGAACGCCACAAGUACAUGUGGUGUGUUCGCGCUGGCUCAUGGACAUUAUUAACACACCUGUUCUGCCAGGCAUAAGAUGGGACCGUUUAUGUUGACAUAUUAUCUCAAUAAUUUUUUUGUGGAAUGUUGCUGGAGCGCCACAAAUAAAUGUGUUGUGUUCACCCUGGCUCAUAAAGACAAGUUAACGCUCAUGCUCUACCAGAGCAUAAGACAAAAUAUGGGACCGUUUAUGUUGACAUGUUAUCUCAAUCAUUUAUUUGUGGCAGCCCCCCAGGAACAAUGCUGGAACGCCACAAGUACAUGUAGUGCGUUCGCCCUGGCUUAUAAAGACAUUUUAGCGCACCUGCUUUGCCAGAGCAUAAGAUAAAAAAUGGGACCAUUUAUGUUGACAUGUCAUCUCAAUCAUUUAUUUGUGGCGGUCCCCUCAGGAACGAUGCUGGAGCGCCAAAAGUACAUGUGGUGUGUUCGCCCUGGCUCAUAAAGACAUUUUAUUUUAGCGCAUCUUCUCUGCCAGAGCAUACGAUAAAAAAUGGGACCGUUUAUGUUGACAUGUUAUUAUUUCUAUCAUUUAUUUGUGGCGGCCCCCCAGGAACGAUGCUGGAACGCCACAAGUACAUGUGGUGUGUUUGCCCUGGCUCAUAAAGAAAUUUUUAGCGUACCUGCUCUGCCAGAGCAUAAGAUAAAAAAUGGGACCGUUUAUGUUGACAUGUUAUUAUCUCAAUCAUUUAUUUGUUGCGGCCCAGCUGCAACGAUGCUGGAACGCCACAAGUGCAUGUGGUGUGUUCGCCCUGGCUCACAAAAGACAUUUUAGCGCACCUGCUCUGCCAGAGCAUAAGAUAAAAAAUGGGACCGUUUAUGUUGACAUGUUAUUAUCUCAAUCAUUUAUUUGUGGCGGCCCAGCAGGAACGAUGCUGGAACGCCACAAGUACAUGUGGUGUGUUCGCCCUGGCUCAUAAAGACAUUUGAGCGCAACUGCUCUUCCAGAGCAUAAGAUAAAAAAUGGGACUGUUUAUGUUGACAUGUUAUCUCAAUCAUUCAUUUGUGGCGGCCCAGCAGGAACAAUGCUGGACGCCACAAGUACAUGUGGUGUGUUCGCCCUGGCUCAUAAAGACAUGUCAACUCACCUUCUCUGCCAGAGCAUAGGAUGGGCCCGUUUAUGUUGACACGUUUUUAUCUCAAACAUUUAUUUGUGGAAUGUUGCUGGAGCGCCACAAAUAAAUGGGUUGUGUUCGCCCUGGCUCAUAAAGACAAGUUAACGCUCAUGCUCUGCCUGAUUGGUAUUGUCGUUUAGACUGCCACGCACCAAACUUUAUCAUCAGGUUGCAACAAGUGACGCAUCAUUUUAGCAUUACAUCAACUAGCAUGCUGACAUGUCACGCUAGUAUUUUUUUUAAUGAUUUUGUAUUUUUAAAAAUACAAAUCGUGGAUUUUUAAUACUUGGCGGCAUCUUAAAGUAUGCUAACUUUAAAUGCUAGCUUUUGAGCUAAUGUAUGUUUGCACCUAAAACUCAGAUUUUAAUGCUUUGGGCCAUCUCAAAAGUAUGCUAACCUUUGAGCUAAUUUUGAAUGUUUAAAGCUAUAAAUCAUGGAUUUUGAUUCUUGGUGCCAUCUUAAAAGUAUGCUAACAUUAAAUGCUAGCUUUUUUAAAGAUAAUUUUGAAUGUUUCAAGCUACAAAUCAUGGAUUUUAAUACUUUGCGACACAUUAAAAGUAUGCCAACUUUCAAUGCUAGCUUUUGAGCUAAUGUUUGUUUGCACCUAAAACUCAGAUUUUAAUGCUUUGGGCCAUCUCAAAAGUAUGCUAACUUUUGAGCUAAUUUUGAAUGUUUAAAGCUAUAAAUCAUGGAUUUUGAUUCUUGGUGCCAUCUUAAAAGUAUGCUAACAUUAAAUGCUAGCUUAUUUUAAGAUCAUUUUGAAUGUUUAAAGCUACAAAUCAUGGAUUUUAAUACUUAGCGGCACAUUAAAAGUAUGCUAACUUUCAAUGCUAGCUUUUGAGCUAAUUUUGAAUGUUUUAAACUACAAAUCAUGGAUUUUGAUACUUGGCGCCAUCUUAAAAGUAUGCUAACAUUAAAUGCUAGCUAAUUUUUUAAAAUAACUUUGAAUGUUUAAAUCUUCAAAUCAUGGAUUUUUACACUUGGUGCCAUCUUAAAAGUAUGCUAACAUUAAAUGCUAGCUUUUUUUCAAAAAUAAUUUUGUAUGUUUAAAGCUACAAAUCAUGGAUUUUAAUACUUUGCGUCAUCUAAAAAGUAUACUAACAUUUAUUGCUAGCUUUUAAGCUAAUUCAGAAUGAUUAAAGGUACAAAUCAUGGAUUUAAAUACUUGGCGCGAUCUUAUAAGUUUGCUAACAUUAAAUGCUAGAUUUUUAUUUUUUUAUUUUGAAUGUUUAAAUCUACAAAUCGUGGAUUUGAAUACUUGGUGCCAACUUAAAAGUAUACUAACUUUCAAUGCUAGCUUUUGAGCUAAUUUUUAAUGUUUAAAGCUACAAAUCAUGGAUUUAAAUACUUGGCGCCAUCUGAGAAGUAUGCUAACAUUUAAUGCUAGCGUUUUUAGAUAAUUUUGUAUGUUUAAAGCUACAAAUCACGGAUUUUGAUAAUUGGAGCCAUCUUAAAAGUAUGCUAGCUUUUGAGCUAAUAUAUGUUUCAACCUACUUUUCAUGGAUUCUAUUACAUUGUGCCAUCUCCAAACUAUGCUAACUUUUGAGCUAAUUUUAUAUGUUUAAAGCUACAAAUCAUGGAUUUUAAUACUUUGCGGCAUCUAAAAAGUAUGCUAACAUUUAAUGCUAGCUUUUAAGCUAAUUUAAAUGUUUAAAGCUAAAAAUCAUGGAUUUGAAUAAUUGUCGCCAUCUUAAAAGUAUGCUAACAAAUGCUAGCUUUUUAAAAAAAUUUUUUUUUGCAUGUUUAAAGCUACAAAUCAUGGAUUUUGAAUACUUGGUGCCAUCUUAAAAGUAUGCUAACGUUUAAUGCUAGCUUUUUAAAUAAUGUUAAAUGUUUAAACCUACAAAUCAUGGCUUUUAAUACUCUGCGGCAUUUUAAAAGUAUGCUAACGUUUAAUGCUAGAUUUUGAGCUAAUUUUGAAUGUUUAAACCUACAAACCCUAGCUUUUGAUACAUGGUGCCAUCUUAAAAGUAUGCUAGCUUUUGAGCUAAUGUAUGCUUAAACCUACAACUCAUUGGUUUUGAUACUUGGCGCCAUCUCAGAAGUAUGCUAACUUUUGAGCUAAUUUUGUAUGUUUAAACCUACAAAUCAUGGCUUUUAAUACUUUGUGGUGUCUUAAAAGAUAUGUUAACAUUUAAUGGUAACUUUAAAGCUAAUUUUGUACAUUUAAACCCACAAAUAUUGGAUUUAAAAACUUGGCGCCAUCUUAAAAGUAUGCUAGCUUUUGAGCUAAUGUAUGUUUGAACCGACUUUCCAUGGAUUCUAAUACUUUGUGCCGUCUCAAAAGUAUGCUAACUUUUUAGCUAAUUUUGUAUCUUUAAACCUACAAAUCAUGGCUUUUAAUACUUUACGGCGUCUAAAAAGUGUGCUAACAUUUAAUGCUAGCUUUUAAGCUAAUUUUGAAUGUUUAAAGCUAAAAAUCAUGGAUUUGAAUACUUGGUGCCAUCGUAAAAGUAUGCUAACGUUUAAUGCUAGCUUUUUAAAUAAUGUUAAAUGUUUAAACCCUGCGAUGAGGUGGCGACUUGUCCAGGGUUCCCCGCCUUCCGCCCGAUUGUAGCUGAGAUAGGCACCAGCGCCCCCCGCGACCCCAAAGGGAAAAAGCGGUAGAAAAUGGAUGGAUUGAUGUUUAAACCUACAAAUCAUGGCUUUUAAUACUCUGCGGCAUUUUAAAAGUAUGCUAAAGUUUAAUGCUAGAUUUUGAGCUAAUUUUGAAUGUUUAAACCUACAAACCAUGGCUUUUGAUACAUGGUGCCAUCUUAAAAGUAUGCUAGCUUUUGAGCUAAUGUAUGCUUAAACCUACAACUCAUUGCAUUUGAUACUUAGCGCCAUCUCAAAAGUAUGCUAACUUUUGAGCUAAUUUUGUAUGUUUAAACCUACAAAUCAUGGCUUUUAAUACUUUGCGGCGUCUUAAAAGGUAUGUUAACAUAUUAAUGCUAGCUUUUGAGCUAAUUUUGUAUAUUCAAAUAUUAAAAUGACGUCGGCCUCGAUGUAUCCCAGGCCGCACACCGCAGGCCCAUAAAAAUGUCUGUGAAAAUUUUCAGCAACAACGAUAAAUUGACCAGAUUCAUAUUUUUCAUCACACGUCUUCAUUUUAGACCAAAACUAUUUAGUUUGCAGGUCUGAUGUAGUGACUUUUUGCCGCCAGCAGAUGGCGGCGUGACGACACACCACGUAAAUGGGGCAUCAUUGACCCUGGCUCAGGACUGACUAAGUAUGGUUCCGCUUUGAGUUAACGUCGACGGGCGUUUAGGCGAACGUCAACAUAAACGGGUACCCUGCUCUGUUUUGUGUAGUCGGUGAGAAGUUGCAGCCUGUGAACUUUCAUGAUUCUCUGUACUCGUAUUGCAUGUUUACAUCUCAUCUUGGUCACAUUCCAUGUCUGGCUACUGGAACUUUUUCUGGACCAGAUCCAUGUCAGAGUUCUGCAUGUUCCUCAUCAAGUACCAAAGCUUUUUUUUUUUUUCUGUUGGGGCUUUCGGGCUGGAAAGCAAAUGCUGAGACAAUCAAAUAAUUAACAAGUUUUCCAAAUCAUGCUGUAAAAACGGGGACAUUGAAAUGCAGUUCAUGUCCUGUGGUUUACAAUAAAAACUAGAUUUGGGAUCUUGAAA